AAAAAAAUCCGUCACCAAUCCAACGCAACGCCGCCGGCUCCAACGGCUAGUUUCCCAACAGGCCGACCCGCUCACACUCCCCUCCGCGAUCUCAAAUUCAUCCAUCGCCCGACUCGCUACCAAUCCACCAUCCCAGCCAGACCAUCUCCUCCUCGCCACCGCUCUCGCGAGCUUAGCCGAUCGCGCACCGGGCCCGGUGGAGGAUCCAGGACCGCAUGGGGAUCCCGUCAAGACUCCCGGACUACAAGGAGGAGGAGUACGACGACGCCGUCUUCUACGAGGACAUCGAGGCGCCCAAGUUCGUGGACCUCGCCGCGUCCGACGCUGCCCGCCCCGCCGACGACGCCUCCUGGUUCUGCCUCCGCGUCGGUUGCGAUCAGAGCCACGAGCAGGUCGACCCGGACGCCCUGGACCGGAGCUUCUUCAUGCGGGUCAUGGCGGCGAGAAGCCCAAACGUGCGGCUUCAGAAGGCGAUCAGCAGGAGAAACCAGAGCUCGAUGCUGAAAUGCCCGCACUCUGCGCCUCCGAAGCCUCCGAGGGCCCGGUUCGCGAGGCUGAGCACGGCGAUGGAGGCCGACGAGAAGGCUGCGGCGAAGCCCAAACCGAGGACCCGGCGGAUCUGCGGCCUGCGAGUGUCACCGGUCCGGACCAAGGCGACGAGGGUAGAAGUUCCCAGCGCGAGGAAGAAGGCACUGACCACGCCGCGGAGCAAGGCCGUCCGGCCGAGGCAGGAUCAGUUCCUCAGCGUGAAGCACCAGAAGGAGCGGGUCGUCGCAGCGGCGAGGAAGGGGAUGGUGAUCAAGGCGCUGUUCAUGAGCACGCCGAGGAAGGAGGCCGGCCCGACGCCCAAGAGUAAGGAGGCCGUGUCCGAGGCCUGCUCCAAGUUGAGGAAGCUGAACCUAGCGUGCCGGGAAGUGCCGAGCAGGUACAUGUGUCAGUCGACGAAUCCAAAGACUUGCAAGAAAGGUGAAGAGAUCGCGGCGGUGAAGAGCGCGAAGAGAGGGCAAGAAUCCAGGACGAAUGGCAAGAAGAAAAUUUUAGGCCGAUCUGUCAAGUGUGCUAAUGCUGAACCUGAUGAGUGGAACAGAAUUGAUUGUGAUAACGGUGCUGCAGACGAGAGCUCACUUACAGAAAUUGCAAUCUCCGAUCAGGAAAGCAAGGUGGUGGUGCAGGACUUGAGAGUUGAGGUGGAUACGCUGCGAGUUAACAAUUCUGAUGACAACAAGGAGAAUCUGUCGAGUGCAGACCAGCUAAUUCAAGAAGUUUCGAACAAUUCGCAUUCUGAAAACACACAGUUGGAGAACAACGAGAAUGUUCCUCUGAAGGUGGCUAAAAUGCAGAACAAAGUGAAUCCGGAGCAAGGAGGAAAGCUCAAGAAAACUACAAAUCCUAGGCCAUUUAGGCUAAGGACUGGAGAAAGAGGAGUGCUGAAAGAAGCAAAACCUGAAAGAAAGCAGCCGUUUGCCGAGAACAACUCCAUGGCAGUACUCAAGAAUGCAAAUAGAGUGAUGGGACGAGACAAACCUGUCGAGAAACAGAAGAAACAAUGCACACAAGUUGCCAAACCAGCCUUGAAUAGCAUCCGAUGCGAUAAUGCGAGGCUUGCGAUGACGAACGGCAAAGUUUCUAGAGUAGCAUCAUCGACAAGAACAACCAAGACAGCAAGUCGUCUCAUGGCACCUCCUCAGAUUGGAAAGGAGAGGAAGACUUCAGUGAAAUUAUCCAGACUACAAGCAGCAGCUGCUUGAGUAGCAGCUGCUUGAGUGAGGAGUGUACGAUCCGGGAGGGGGGGAAAAUGAGGAGAAACCUUGACAAUGGUUUUAUUGUCUGCUCCAACGACGAGUUCUGUAUUUACGGCAUCGAAUUCGUUUUCUGAGUUUGUUAACUUCUGCACACUGAGCAGGGGGCAAGAUUUCACACCAGCAAGGAUGUGAACAUUUCUUUCUGCAAUUGGUGUGGUGAAAUUCCUCUGCUUUGUACCAUCUUCACCAACCAGAUUCUUUAACAUGUUUCAGAGUCGAUUCCCUGUAACUGUGAACUGGGGAAGGAGGCCCAGCCCAUGAGAUACUUUAUUCAGCCGUGGAGCCAAUGUUUCUUGCCGUGUUCUUGUUUCUAUAGAGCAUUGUGGGCUGCACCCCAUUUCGAUUUGAUCUGAAUAAGAUCCAAAUCGACCCAACAUAAAUUUGCAUCAGGAUGUCACGAGGGACGUAACUGCCACCCUGCCGCCCAACCAAUCCAAAACCAAGACCAGCCUGGCACGGAAGGCCAUGCAU